CUGCGAUCACUAUCAAACGACUAACCGCAGAGCCCCUUUAGCCUCCUCUCUCCUUAUUCCGGAUAUGACGUCUCUGAGACUCAGAGCGACUGCAUCUUUUCUCACUCGAUUUUCUCUCCCUUUCUCUUCUCCCAAACACCCCCUCAACCCUUCUCUCUCCUUUAAACCCCACUCUAACACUCCGAACUUCUCCACCAAGAUAACAAUGUCAUCGUCGCCGUCUCAAACCAUCGAACACGUCGUCCUCUUCAAGGUCAAAGACGACACCGACCAAUCCAAGGUCUCCACCAUGAUCGCCAGCCUCAACGGCCUGACUUCGCUCGACUCCGUCCUCCACCUCUCCGCCGGACCUGUCCUCCGCAACGGCUCGUCGUCUUUUGAUUUCACUCACAUCCUCCAUAGCCGCUAUAAUUCCAAGGACGACCUAGCCUCCUACUCUCAGCACCCUAGCCACGUGAGCGUCGUCAAGGAAUCUGUCCUUCCGAUCAUCGACGACAUCAUGGCCGUCGAUUGGGUCGCCGACGACCUCCCGGGACCUGUUGCUCUCCCUCUCGGCUCCGCAUUGCGGGUCAGCUUCCUCAAAUUGAAGGAAUCUGUGGGUGAAGGAGCAAAAUCCGAGGUCUUGGAGGCGGUUAAGGGGGUUAAGAAUAGUUUUAGCGGGAUUGAUCAGCUUUCGGUCGGGGAAAACUUCUCUCCGGGGAGAGCGAAGGGGUUUUCAAUCGCGUCGCUGGCGGUUUUCACCGGUCCGAGCGAAUUGGAAGCCGUGGAUUCGGACCAGGAGUUGGUGAAUUCGCACAAGGAGAAGGUUAGGGAUUAUUUGGAGAGCGUGGUCGUGGUUGAUUAUGUGGUGUCGUUGCCUCAACCCGCGAGUCUUUGAGCAAAGCAUUCGCGUGGUGAAGGGAAAUUGUAAUAAUACAGCUAAGCUACUGGGUUCGAGGUGACUUUUUCUUGAAUCAACGUUGUUUUGAUGCUUUGGUUGUUUGAUUAAAACUGUCUGUAGACUGUGGUGUGACUUUGUGAAUGAAAAUCAAUGUAUUUUCUCUUUAUAUCGUAUUAUGUUUUGUGUGCAUUUCUUUUCUAUUAAGUUAUAAGCUUUUGAGACUGCCCGUUGAAA